AUGAAUCUGUCGAUUCUGUUAGCUCUAGUUACUACUACGACAGCUCUCUCGCCUCGCUGCUUUGAGUACUGUAGGUGGAAGUUUUCCAGACAAUUAUCCCUGCCCUGGGACCCGCAAUGUAAUUAUUGCGCAGAAGAAUAUGAAAUUGCACCUAUGUUUAAGGCGACGUCUGUAUUAACGCUUCGAGAAAAUCGUAUUUAUUAUGAGCCAUCUGAGUUAUAUCCCAUUAAAAGUAUAACAUAUUUCGAACAGCCCUUUUAUUUUAUAAAUCCGACUGUGAAAGUGAAAGCAAAGUUUACAAGAGAAAAAAAGACCAUAAAACAUGUGAGGAAUGACGAAAUACUGUUGGAGGAAUUAAAUACAGGGAAACAUGAGUAUUUAGACGUUAUUGUAGGUGAAAAAUCGAUCGACGGAAAAUCUAGCGGCCAAACUAGCCAUAGCUCUGAAUACUUGCAUCAAAUGGAAAAAACCUUAUCUCAUUGCGUAGAUCUCCAUAUUCUUUCAUUGUCUAGAAAACACAAUAACGUAAGUACAUUAUUAAAGUUGUGGAGAGCAAACAAAUUUCAAAUGCUUAAUGAUUUGUCAAAUAGUGACUUAAUAAAGGCUAUAGAAAAUAAAUGCAGAGAACCUGAAAAAUAUAUUACAAGCAGUUUAGGUGAAAUCAUAAAUAAGUGGCCCAAAAGACCAAAAAGACCUGUCACUAGUACAAGUAAUUAUGGUAAUGGUGAUUUAUAUUUAUUAAAAAGUACUAAAUCACAAACAAUGUCUGAAAAUGUAUAUAGUGAUUUUAAUACAGUUGAAACUAUUGCAGCGAGUACCAAAAACAAAACUAGGAAUCACCCAAAUAUCAAGGUAAUGCACCGCCGAGUACCUGCAGAGACUGUUGAAGCCCGCAAAUUAGAAAAUGUUGAAGAUCAUGUUUCAAAUAGUUAUUUGGGAAAGGCUUUAUCUGCCAGAUCUGCUGAUGAAACACAUAACACACCAGUUAAAUCUGAUUUCUUACUUCCUCUACCUUUUUCUACGGUUACGGAUGGUUUCAAUAUAACGCAAAUUAAUGAAAUUGUCAUUAAUAAAAGUGAAGAUAAGGAUUUAAUAAACAGUACGAACGUCAGUUCAACUGAGAAACAAAUAUUUGAUAUUGCUAAGAAAGCUUCAGUUAACUUAGGAUCUUGGGAGGAGAGCAAAGGUUACACUUCCCAUUCUAAUAAAAACGAUAAAUUUACUAGAGAACAAAAUUCUUUAGAAACUUUUAGGGAUGAUUUAAAACACCAAGGCUUCCGUAAUACUUCACUAAACAUCGUAGCCUCGUAUUUACUUAGUAAAAAACACUCCACUUCUAACCAAAAUGAUCUAAGUACCGUGUCUCAUAACAAUAAUUCUGAAAACAUAAUUAAUAACACAAUUUUAGGAAAUGUGAAAAAUCCUACGUUUCUAUCGAAAUCUCAUUAUGAAGAUAAGGAUAAAAAUAUUAUAAUUACAUAUGCAAAGAUUUACAAAAAAAUAUUCAAUGAAAGUGAGAUCCCACUCCAAAAAAUAAUAACACGUGAAUUUGCAAAUAACACAGUUGUAAGUGUUACCAACGGCAAUGAAGAUGUACGAAAUAAUGAUUUUCUAUACAGCAGUAACGAGGAUAUCACUCCCCCAUCAAUUUCAAGCUUAGAAACUGAAGGAGAGUCAAAUCAUACCAAUGAUAACCUCACUGAAGCAUUGGUAAAAAAUAUCAAAAAAUCGCAAAAUGAGUCGAAAGCAAACACCGAACUAGUAAUAAGGGGACGUUUAUAUUUUAUUUUAGGGCAAGAACACAUUCCCGCUAGAUUUGUGCAAAAAUCAGAUGGUGAAUUACAUGUAGGUAUUGAUGGCCAAACGAUAUGCAUGAAAUUAAACAAGGAAGAGGAUAAAAAAUUUAAAAUAUUGGCAGCACUUUGUAACCCAAGCUCAUGA